AUGGGGGGUGGGUUGGGGGUGGAGGUUAUGAUAGGUAGUGGGGGGGGGGGAAUUUGGGGAGUGGUUGGGUGUUUUGUGGGGGGGGGGGGUGUUAAUAGGGUGGAGGGGGGUGUAUGGGGGUUGUGGGAGGGUGGGAUGAGGUGUGGGGGAUAUGUUUGUGGAUGGUGGAGGGGUGGUUGUUGUUUGUUAUGGGUUGUGAGGGAUUUGGUAUGUGAGUUUGGGAUGUUUUUGGGGGGGGGGGGGGGUUUUGUUUGGUGGUGUGGUGGGGGUUUGUGUGGGGGGGGAUUAUGGGGGAUUUGUUGGGGUGGGGGGGGGGGGGGGGGUGUGGUGGUGGGGGGAUGGGAUUGGGGUUUUUUUGGUUUGUUGUUUAUUGGUGGGGGUGGUGAUGUUUGGUUUGUGGGGGGUUGGAGUGUGGGGGGGGGGGGGUUGGUAUGGGGGGGGGGGGUUAUUUUAUUGGUGGGUGGGGGUUGUUUUGUUGAGGGGUGUGGUGUGGGGGGGGGGGAUGUGGUGUGGGGGUGGUGGAUGGGUGUGGGGGUUGGGGUUGGUGUGGUUUUUGUAUUGUGUGAGAGGAGGGAUGGAUGGUUGGUUGUGUGGGGGUGGGGUGGGGGUUUGGUUGGGAGGGUUGUGGUGGGGGGUUUUGGUGUUUGUGGGGGGGGGGUUGGGUGUGGGGGGUGGGGGUUUUGUUAUUUUGGUUGUAGUUUGUGUGUUGGGGGGAUGGAGAGGGGGUAUUUGUUUGGGGGAUUGGUUGAGUGGUGUUGGGGGGAUAUAUGGGGGGGUGGUGGGGGGGGGGUUGUUGUGUUUGGUUGGGGGGGGUUGGUUGUGGUGGGUGUUUUUGGGUUUGUUGGGGGGGGUUGGGGGGUUUUGUUGUUGGGGGUUGAAGGGUGGAUGUGUUGUUUGUUUGGGGGUUUUGUGGGUGGUUGUGGGUUGGUGGUGGGUGUAGGGUGUGUUUGUGGGGUUGUGGUGUGGGAGAGUGGUGUGGGGGUUGUUGUUUUAUUUGGUGUUGGUGUGGGUGUUGUGGGAUGGGGGGUUUUGAUUUUUAUGGUGAUGGUGGUGGGGUGUGGGUUGUUGUUUUUUUUGUUUGGGGUUGGUGGUGGGGGUGGGGGUUAUUUGUGGUUUGGGGUUUUGAGUGGUGGGUUGGGGUAUGUUGGUUGUUGGGGGGUGUGGUUGUGUUUAUGUUUGGGUUUGGGGGUGGGGGUUUUGUUUUUUAGGGGGAGGGUGAGGGGGGUGGGAAUAUGGGGGGAGGGGGGUUUAGGGGGUAGUGUGGUGGGUGGGGGGGUGGUGUGGGGGGGGGGGGUUUGGGGGGGGGUUGGGUUGGUUGGUUGGGGUUUUAGUGGGUGGAUGAAGGGUUUAUUGGGGGUGGGGUUGUUUGGUGUUGUGGUUGGUUUGGGGGUGUGUGGGGGUGGGUUUGGGUUUGGGGGGUUUGGGGGGUGGUGUGGGGGGUUUGGGUUUUUUUGGGUUUUGAAAGGGGUGUUGUUGAGGAUGGGUGUGUGGGAGGGGGUGGUGGGUAUGGGGGGGGGGGGGGAAGGGGGUGUGUUUGGGGUUGGGUUUGUGGUGAAUUAUGGGGGUGGGGGGUGGGUUUUGUCUGGGGUGGGUUUGUGGGGGAGAGGAGGGAGAGGGUGGGGGUUGAGGUUGGAUUUUGGGGGAGUUGGGAGGGUGUUGGGAGGGGAUUGUGGGGGUGGUAUGGUUGGGGGUAGUUUGGGUUGGGGGGUUAUGGGGGUGUGGAUGUUUGGGUGGGGGGGGUUUGGGGGGUGGGGGGGUGGGGUGGGUGGGUUUUGGGGGGUUGUUGGGUUUGGGUGUGGGUGGGGGGGUGGUGGGUGGUGUGUGUUGUUUGUUUGUUGUUGUUGGUUUUUGGUGGUGUGGUGGUUGGUUUUGUUUUGGGUUUUGGUGGUGUGUUGGGGGGGGGGGGGGGGGGGUUUUUUUUUGGGGUGUGUUUGUGGGUGUGUUGGUUGUUUGGUGGGGUGGGGUUUUGUUGAUGGGGUGGUGGGGGUGGGGGGGGGGGUGGGGGGGGGGGGGGGGGGGGGUUUGGGGGGGUGGGGGGGUGGGGGGGUGGGGGUGGGUUGUGUGGGUGGGGUUUUUGUUUGGUGUGGGGGGGUGGUGAUGUUGUUUUGUGGUGUUGGUUGGGGGUGUGGGGGGGGGGGGGGGGGUGGGUUGGGGGGGGGGGGGGUGGUGGGGGGGUGGGGGGGGGGGGAUGUUGUGUUUGUGUUGGGGUGGGUGGGGUUGUUUUGGUUUGUUUUAUGUGGUUGGGGGUUGUUUGUUUGUUGUUGGUGUUGGUUGGGUGGUGUGUGUGUGAGUGGGGGGUGGGGGGGGGGGUGGUUGGUGGUGGUGUGGGGUUUGUGUUGUGGGGGUGUGUUGUGGUUUUUUUUUUUGAUAUGGUGUGUGUUGGGUGGGGGUGGGAGGAUGUUUGUUAGUUUGGGUUGGGGGGGGGUUUGGGGGGGGUUGAUUUUUUGGGGGUUGGUUUAUGGUGGGGGGUGGGUGGUUGAUGUUGGGGGGUUGUUUGGGUUGGGUUGGGAUGUGGGUUGUUGGUUGGGGGGUUUAGAGGUGGAUAGGGGGGGGGGGGUGGGGGGGUUGGUGUGGUUGAUUUGGGUUUGGGGGGGGUGGUGGUGGGUGUGGUGUGUGGGGUUGGUGGGUGGGUUUUGUUUGGUGGUUUGGUGUGAAUUUGGGGGUGGGUGGGUGGGGUUUGAUGUAUGGGGGUUGGGAGUUUGUUAUGUAGAUGGGAGGGUGGGGGGGGGGGGGGAUAGUGAGGAGUUGAGUGUGAUGGGUAUAUGUAUGGGGGAAGGGGUUUUGGGGGUGUUGUGUUGGGGAGGUAGGGGUGUGGGGUUUGUGUGUUUUUUGGUGUUGGGGGGUGGUUGGGGGGGGGGGGAUUGUUUUUUUGGGAAUAUGUUUGGUUUUGUGGUUAAUUUAUUGGGUGAAGGGGUGUGUGGGGAUUUUUGUGGGGUUGGGUUGUGUUUGUGUUGGUUGGGUUGUUGGUGGGUAGUUGUUGUGUUGUUGUGGUUUUUUUUGUGGUAUUUUUUGGGGUGGUGGGGGGGUUUUUUUGUUAUUUUUUUGGGUGGGUUUGGGGGUUGGGUUUGGGGGUUGUGUUGUUGGUGUUGUUUUGGUUGGUUUUAUUUGGGGGGGGGUUUGGGGUUGUGUAGGGUUUUUGUGUUUGUUAUUUUUUGUUUGUGUUGGGUGUGGGGGUGUGGGUUUGUUGUUGGGGUGGUUGGGGUUGGUUUGAUGAUAAUUUAUGGGGGGAAGGUAUUGUGUGUGAGGGUUUGUGUUUGGUGUUGUUUGUUUUUUGUUUGGGGGUUUGGGGGGUUUUGGGUUGGUUGGGGGGGGGGGGGGGGGGGUUUGGGGGUGGAUGGUGUGGGGGGGGGGGGGGGGGGGGGGGGGGGGGGGGGGGGUGUGUUUGGGGGGUUUUUUUUUUGUUUGUGUUUUGGUAUAGGUGUUGGGGUUUGUUUUUGUUUUUGGGUGGUUGUUUUGGGGUGGGGGGGGGUUUGUGUGUUUGUGUGUUUUGGGUGUUUUUUUUUUGGUAUUUUUGUGGGGUGUGUGUGUGGGGUUGGGGGGGUUAUGGUUUGUUUGGUUGGGGGGGUUUUUGGUGUUGGUGUGUUUUGGGGGUGGUUUUGGUGGGGGGUGGUUGUUGGGGUUUGUUGUGGGGGUGUGGGGGGGGGGGGUGGGGUGUGUGGGUGGGGUUUUGUGGGGGGGGGGGGGGGUUGUUGGGGGGGGGGGGGGUGGGGGGGGGGGGGGGGGGGGGUGGGGGGGUUUUGGGUUGGUUUUGUUUUGGGGUGUGGGGGGGGGGUGGGGGGGUUGUUGGGUGGUGGGGGGGGGUGGGUGGGGGGGGGGGGGGGGUGGGGGGGGGUGGGGGUUGUGGGUGGGUGGGGUGGGGGGGUGGGGUGUUUUGGGUGGGUGUGGUUGUUUGUGGUGUGGUGUGGUGGGUGUUGUGUGUUUUGUUUUGUGUGUUUUUGUUUGGGGGGUGUGUGGGGUUGGUGUGGGGGGUUUUGUGGUGGGUUGGGGAGGGUGGGUUGGGGGGGGUUAGGUUGUUGGGGGGUGGUUGGUUUGGGUUGGUGUUGGUGUGGGGUUUGGUUGGGUUUGGUGGGGGGGUGUGUUGUGGUUGUGUGGUGUGGGGGUUGGGUGGGUUGUGGGUUGGUGGGUGUGUGGGGGGUUUGUGGUUGGUUGGUGGGGGUGUUGGUUUGUGUGGGGGGUGGUGGGGGGGGGGUUGGUGUGUUGGGUGGGGGGGGGGGGGGGGUGGGUGUGGGGUUGUGGUUUUGUGUUUGGGUGGUGGUGGUUGGUGGUGGGGGUUUGGUUGGGGGGGGUUUGGUGUGGUUGUGGUUGUGUUUGGGUGUGGGGUGGUUGGGGUGGUUGGUUGUGGGGUGGGUUUGUGGGGGGUGGUUUGUUUUGUUGGAUGUUGUGUGUGUGUUUGGGUGGGGGUUGUGGGGGGGUGGUGGUUGGGGUGUUUGGGUGGGUGUUGGGGGGGGGGGGGUUGGGGUGGGGGGUUGGGGGGUGUGUUUGGGUGGGUGGGUGGGGGGGGGUGGGUGGGGGGGUUUUGUGGUUUUGGUGGGGGUGGGGUGUGGGUGGGGUUGGUGGGUGGGGUUUUGGUUUGUGGGUUGGUUGGGUUUGUGUGGGGGUUGGGUUGUGUGUGAUGGUUUUUUGUGGGUUGGGUGGGUGGUGGGGUGUGGUUUGGGGGUGUGUUUUGUUGGGGAGUGGUGUUUUGGGUUUGUGUGUGGUGGGGGGGGGUUUGGUUGGGUUGGGGGGGGUUGUGGGGUUUGGGGGGUUUUGUGGGGGGGGGGGGUUGGGGGUGUGGGGGGGGUUUUGUUGGUGGGUGUGGUGGGGGGGUGUGGUGGGUGGGGGGGGUGGUGGUGGGGGGGGGGGGGGGGGGGGGGUGGUGUUUGGGUGUGGUGGGGGUUUUGGGGAGUGUGGGGGGUGUGGGGGUUGUGUGGGGUGGGGGGUGGGGUAGGUGUGGUGGGUUGGGGGGGUUGGGGUGUUGGUGGUGGGGGGGUGUGUGGGGGGGGGGUGUUGGUGGGUUGGUGGGUGGGGUGUUUGGGGGGGUGGGGGUGGGGAGGGGGUUGGGUGGGUUGUGGUGUGGGGUUUGGGGUUUUGUGGGGGGGGUUGGGUGUGUGUUUGGUGUGGGUUGGUGGUGGGGUGGGUUGUGUGGUUUUGUGGGGGGGGUUUUUGGUGUGUUUUUUUUGGUUUUUUGUGGUUUUUGUGUUGUGUUUUUGGGGGGGGGGGGGGGGGAUUGGGGGAGUGGGUUGGGUGGUUGGUGUGGUUUUGGGGUUUUUGGUGUGUGGUGUGUUGGGUGUGGUUUUUUUUGUGGGGGGGGGGGGGUGUUUUGUUUAUUGUUGGUUGUUCGGGUUUUGGGGGGUUUGGGUGUGUUGGUUUGGUGGGUGGUUUUGUUUGUGUGUGGUUUUGGUUGGUGUUUUGUUUUGUGUUUGUGGUGGUUAUUUUUUUGUGUGGUUUUUGGGUUGUUUUGGGGGUUUGGGUGGUGGUUGGUUGUUGGUUGUUGAUGUUGGAUGUUUGUUUGGGGGGUGUUUGUGGUGUUUGGGGGGUGUGUUGGAUUUAAUGAUUUUGUUAGAAUGUGGUUUGGGGGUAGGGGUUAUGAGGAGGGGGGGUGUGUGGUUUAUUUGGUGUGGGGGUUUUUUGGGGUUAGGGUGUGGUGGGGUAAAUAUGGGUAUGGGGGGGUGGGGUUAUAUUGGGGUGGAGAUAGAAGGGGUGAAUUUGGUGGGGGUGGAGAUUAGGUGGUGUUUGGGUGUUUGUUGGUGGGUGGUGAAGGGGGUGGUGGUGGGGUUGUUUGUAGUGAAUAGGGGUUGGGGAAGGGGAUGGAUAGGUGGGGAGGUGAUGGUGGUGGGGGAGGAUGAGGGGGUAUGGGUGUUUGGGGGUGGGGAUGUGUAUUGUGGAGAGGGUGGGGGGGGGGUUGGGGGGGGGGGGGGGUGGUUUUUGAUUUGGUUGGGGGGUGGUGUAUAUGGAUGGGGGUAUGAUGUUGGUGGGGAUUAUGGGUUGGGGGGGAGGAUUAGAUAG